UUUCCAUCAACUUUCCUCUUUCAAAUUACUCCCUUUACCUCCAUUAACACGCUUCCCCUUCUCUCUCUCCAUCUCUCUCUCCCCCCUAUCUCUAUACAUACAAACUUUGUGUCUCUACAAGCUAGGGUUUACAAUGGCGCAACAAUCGCUAAUCUACAGCUUCGUCGCACGCGGCACCGUGAUUCUGUCGGAAUACACGGAGUUCACCGGAAACUUCACCAGCAUCGCCUCGCAGUGUCUCCAGAAGCUUCCGUCUACUAAUAACAAGUUUACGUAUAAUUGCGAUGGUCAUACUUUCAAUUAUCUCGUCGAUAACGGCUUCACAUACUGUGUUGUUGCUGUUGAAUCUGCUGGUCGACAAUUGCCUAUUGCUUAUCUUGAACGGAUAAAGGAAGAUUUUACCAAGAGAUAUGGCGGGGGUAAAGCUGCAACAGCUGUUGCAAACAGUCUCAACAAAGAAUUUGGGCCAAAGCAAAAAGAACAGAUGCAGUAUUGUGUGGAUCAUCCGGAGGAGAUCAGUAAGCUUGCAAAGGUGAAGGCCCAAGUUUCAGAGGUCAAAGGAGUAAUGAUGGAGAAUAUUGAGAAGGUUCUUGACCGUGGAGAAAAGAUUGAGCUUCUAGUGGAUAAAACAGAGAAUCUUCGCUCUCAGGCACAAGAUUUUAGGACAGGAGGACAACAGUUGAGGAGGAAGAUGUGGUUGCAGAAUAUGAAGAUAAAGCUGAUAGUUCUUGGGAUUAUUAUUGCGCUGAUUCUUAUCAUAGUUCUCUCAGUUUGUGGUGGCUUCAACUGUUCGAAUUAGUCGGUUCUUAUGUGCUUGGUCCGUUACCCCUUCAGUCAAACAUGGUACAGUGCAUUCCAUUAUCUGGUUGGUAUUUGUUCACCAAUGGUGUUUUGGUUCACAGUUUUUGCUCUUUGUGCUAUAGUCUAAACUACGACGGUUUGUACAAUAAUUUGUAUUUGGAUCUGUUUGCCUGGUUAUAUAGUAGGAGGUUAGCUCUCUUAGUGGUUGCUCCCUGCAUUGCUUCUUUUCUAAUUAUUUGAUUCUUGGGAGACUGAUUACAUUUAUUCUUCGAUUCUAAUGCUUAAUGAUUGAUUAUCAUCUUAAUGAUA